GAUCGGACUCGGUAGUCCCCGGGAAUCCUCGACAAUUUCCGGCAACGGUCUCCUCCUCAGCCGAUCGGCCUCGGGCAUUUCCGGUCCCCUUCGGGCUUUUCCGUCUGGCUCCCGCGCGGAUCUCACCACUUCGGGUAUUUCCGUGUCCCACUCGGAGGUACUCGGCAAUCGCUCGGCCUCCCCCAUCCCCCGGUAACGGUCGCUGGUGAGUUUAAAUGAGCCGGGGCUGGCCGGGCCGGAGCCGCUACGGGGGGGGCCUGAGGCACUGCAGAAAGUGGGCCUGAGCCUCAAGGAUGACGGUGCUGCAGGAACCCGUCCAGGCUGCUAUAUGGCAAGCACUAAACCACUAUGCUUACCGAGAUGCAGUUUUUCUUGCAGAACGACUGUAUGCAGAAGUACACUCAGAGGAAGCCUUGUUUUUAUUGGCAACCUGUUAUUACCGCUCAGGAAAGGCAUAUAAAGCAUAUAGACUCUUGAAAGGACACAGUUGUACUACACCGCAGUGUAAAUACCUGCUUGCAAAAUGUUGUGUUGAUCUCAGCAAGCUUGCAGAAGGGGAACAGAUCUUAUCUGGUGGAGUGUUUAAUAAGCAGAAAAGCCAUGAUGAUAUUGUUACUGAGUUUGGUGAUUCAGCUUGCUUUACUCUUUCAUUGUUGGGACAUGUAUAUUGCAAGACAGAUCGGCUUGCCAAAGGAUCAGAAUGUUACCAAAAGAGCCUUAGUUUAAAUCCUUUCCUCUGGUCCCCCUUUGAAUCAUUAUGUGAAAUAGGUGAAAAGCCAGAUCCUGACCAAACAUUUAAAUUAACAUCUUUACAGAACUUUAGCAACUGUCUGCCCAGCUCUUGCACAACACUAAUAUCUAAUCAUAGUUUAUCUCAUAGACAACCCGAGACCGUUCUUACAGAAACACCCCAGGACACAAUUGAAUUAAACAGACUGAAUUUAGAAUCUUCCAAUUCAAAGUACUCCUUGAAUACAGAUUCCUCAGUGUCUUAUAUUGAUUCAGCUGUAAUUUCACCAGAUACUGUCCCUCUUGGAACAGGAACUUCCAUAUUAUCUAAACAGGUUCAAAAUAAACCAAAAACUGGUCGAAGCUUAUUAGGAGGACCAGCUGCUCUUAGCCCAUUAACCCCAAGUUUUGGGAUUUUGCCAUUAGAAACCCCAAGUCCUGGAGAUGGAUCCUAUUUACAAAACUACACUAAUACAUCUUCUGUAAUUGACGUGCCAUCUACUGGAGCCCCUUCAAAAAAGACUUUUUGUGUUUUACAGUCUGUUGCCAGAAUCGGCCAAACUGGAACAAAGUCUGUCUUCUCACAGAGCGGAAAUAGUCGAGAGGUAACUCCAAUUCUUGUUGCACAAACACAAAGUUCUGGCCCACAAACAAGUACAACACCUCAGGUAUUGAGCCCCACUAUCACAUCUCCCCCAAACGCAUUGCCUCGAAGAAGUUCGCGACUCUUUACUAGUGACAGCUCUACAACCAAGGAGAAUAGCAAAAAGUUAAAAAUGAAGUUUUCCACCUAAAAUCCCAAACAGAAAAACUAAAGUAAAACUAACAAAGGAGGAAUAACUCAACCUAACUUAAAUGAUAGCCUGGAAAUUACAAAAUUGGACUCUUCCAUCAUUUCGGAAGGGAAAAUCUCCACAAUCACACCUCAGAUCCAGGCAUUUAAUCUGCAGAAAGCAGCAGCAGAAGGUUUGAUGAGCCUUCUUCGUGAAAUGGGGAAAGGUUAUUUAGCUCUGUGCUCGUACAACUGCAGAGAAGCUAUAUAUAUCUUGAGCCACCUACCUUCUCACCACUACAAUACUGGUUGGGUACUGUGCCAAAUUGGAAGGGCCUAUUUUGAACUUUCAGAGUACAUGCAGGCUGAAAGAAUAUUCUCCGAGGUUAGAAGGAUUGAGAAUUACAGAGUCGAAGGCAUGGAGAUCUACUCUACAACACUUUGGCAUCUUCAGAAAGAUGUUGCUCUUUCAGUUCUUUCAAAAGACUUAACAGACAUGGAUAAAAAUUCACCAGAGGCCUGGUGUGCUGCAGGGAACUGUUUCAGUUUGCAACGGGAACAUGAUAUUGCAAUUAAAUUCUUCCAGAGAGCUAUCCAGGUUGAUCCAAAUUAUGCUUAUGCCUAUACUCUACUAGGGCACGUUGUGUUAACUGAAGAAUUAGACAAAGCAUUAGCUUGUUUUCGAAAUGCUAUCAGAGUCAAUCCGAGACAUUACAAUGCAUGGUAUGGCUUAGGAAUGAUUUAUUACAAGCAAGAAAAAUUCAGCCUUGCAGAAAUGCAUUUCCAGAAAGCACUUGAUAUCAACCCUCAAAGUUCAGUUUUACUUUGCCACAUUGGAGUAGUUCAGCAUGCACUGAAAAAAUCUGAGAAGGCUUUGGAUACCCUAAACAAAGCCAUUGUUAUUGAUCCCAAGAACCCUCUAUGCAAAUUUCACAGAGCCUCAGUUUUAUUUGCAAAUGAA